AUGUAUCCCCAUCAACGCCCUCCUUCUCUUGAUUCUAAUUCUCCUCUCAGCCCCAAUUUUUCGAAUAUGUCACCGAGUGCUCCAAGAACAUUGGACAAGGUGCAUUCAAUGAGUGGCUGUUGGAACAAUAAUAUUUUUUACCCAUGCACUAUGAAACUAUUCGACAAUUCGUGUGUUAUUGACAAAAUCAGAGUGAUUAAUAACGUUGAUGUCGAUGAAUGGAAAGAAGUGGUCGCUACUUUAUUGAAUCACAACCAUUCAAAUUGGAAUAUUGUUGAACGAUCGAGCAAUAAGAUGAUUCUUGCAAAAACCAUUGAGGAAAUACCUUUUGAAAUUGUCAUUAAUCAAUCCAGUUACACAAUGGGAGAGCUGAGAUACGAAAAGAAUGGCCUUAAAAUGUUUAUCGAUUUUGUGUUGUUCUAUAAAUUUAGUUAA